AUGUCGUUGGCAGACCGUGUGCAGCUGGCGAAGCUGCUUCGUGCUUCGACCGCAUGUGACGACGUUCUGCUUUCUGUCCUAGCUGUUGCGCGAGGUCGCCUGUUCAAAGCGGUCUGUGCCGUGAAGAAAUGCAAGAAGACCAAAGAUGUGCACAACCUGCGAGACCCGCGCCUUGUCAAAGCGGCAGGCCUUCUUGCGUGCGUGUUGCGCCGCAACCUUCCGUUGGAGCAGGGCGACCCCGUGUGCGGGGCUUGCCGCUGCAUGUUCUCCCGAGAAGUGUGGCUCCUUGCUCUUCCAGCUUUCACUACAAUGAUGAGUUUCGACGCAGAUUCGCCAGAAGCACAGCUAUGCUCCCAGACCCGACUGUGCCUUCGGAAGACUGCUGCUCGCUCCAAGCAGCGGCUCAUGGUUAAAGUCGAGAGGCGAGAGUCUUCCCUUUCUUUGUCGUAG